CGUACAUAUUAUAGAAACCCAAUAUUUUUCCAUAUUCUAUGUAUGCGAAUGUGAUUACGUGAAAUCAAAAGAAAUUAAUAAAAUUUACAGGAUUUUGGAUGGAUAAAAGUUUCAGCCGAUGGCGUGAUUCGCCUCUUGCGAGUAAGAAGUCCUUUGUCAUUUCUGAUAGUGACGAGGAAAUCGACGCAAAUGUUGGGAUAGAAAAAAUCUACGUGGCUGAGAGCAGCGAGAGUAGCACUGCCGCUUCUAGAAGUACAACACCAGAAAAGUGGCAAUUGAAUAAGAAACCAUCAAUAAACGAGAUCGAACGUAGAGUUAAAAAGUAUAUUCCUCAUUAUUCUGAUGAUGACGAGGACAGCAACAAUGAGGUCUAUAAUCUUGAAUCAUCCAACAAUAAGGAUGGAAACUAUAUGGACUACAGCAAUACAAGCGAUGACAGCGACGAUGUUGUUGUGCGUAGUAAGAAAACAAAGAAGAAAAACAGAUUUCAUGAUUCUACUAUAGAAAGUAUGAACAAAAUUGUGUUGGAUGACAAGUCUUCUGACAGCAGCAUAUUAGAAGAACAUGGUGCUGCAUCUACAAGCAUACAGUCAAGGAAAAACGAAAGAUUUAAAGAAGAAAGAAAAGAUCAACAGGAUAUGUAUUCAACUAAUUGUAUCAUAGAUGGCGAAGAUAGUUCAGAACCUGAAAUUGUAAUGAUUACUGAGGAAAAAGAAAUUGAUGUUGAUAAUACAGAUUCGCAGCUUGUAGAAAAAGAAGUACUCCUUUGUAAAAUGGAUCACUUAAAGAACGAGCUGAGUAAAACACAGCUGUUACUCAAGGCUGGUAAUAUCGAUUUAUUACCAGACAAAGGUGAAAAGUUGCGCGAGAGAAUCGCAUUGCAACAAGAAGAAAUAGAAAAGAUUGCAGCGAAAUUGGAAAAUACAUCUUUAGCACAAUCCAUUAAGACAGAAUUGUAUUCCUACAAACAGGAUACGUUAUUUACCAAAAAAGAACUCGAUACUAAGGACGAACUAUAUUCUAUCCAGUUAGAUUCUGAUUGCGAUGUACAUUAUAUACCGCCAUCAUUGGAGCAGAAAGAACUUGGCACGAAAGCUCAAGCUACGUUGAACAAAGAAUUAGCUUUAACAGUUGAUAGACUGCAGGAUUUACACGGUUCCCUCCUAGCUAGACCAUCCGAAGAGGAGAGAGCAAGUGAUCCACAGGGCUUGAAAGUAAAGUUAAUGCCGCAUCAACAACACGCGUUGGCAUGGCUGAUGUGGAGAGAACAACAGAGACCUCCCGGCGGGAUUCUCGCUGAUGAUAUGGGUUUGGGUAAAACUUUAACGAUGAUAUCUUUAAUCAUAGCUGCGAAGAAAGCGAAAGUUGUCGCAGAAAGUAGCGACGAUGAAUGGCUGGAUCAGAAAACAACGUUGCGACAUAAGGGUGGAACGCUCGUGGUUUGUCCAGCGUCUCUGUUAUCGCAGUGGGAAAAUGAAAUACGCAACAGAUGUAGGCGAAGUCUGCUUUCCAUCGAAGUUUACCAUGGUACUAAUCGAGAACAUGUGCCAAAGAAAUUAGCAAGAAACGACGUGGUCAUCACAACGUACAACAUAUUAAAUCGUGAAUUUAAAUCCAUGUCCACGUCGUACAAAAUUCACUGGGAACGCGUGAUACUCGACGAGGCGCAUGUGAUUCGAAAUCACAAAAGCCAGGCAUCCGAGGCCAUAUGCGGUCUCGUAGCGAAUAAACGGUGGGCUCUUACCGGUACACCUAUUCAAAAUAAGGAAUUAGAUUUGUACUCGAUUUUGAAGUUCCUUAAAUGUACACCUUUUGAUGAUCUACGGGUAUGGAAGCGUUGGGUGGACAACAAAAACGCAGCUGGUCGUCAAAGAUUGACAACCGUAAUGAACACACUGAUGUUACGUAGGACAAAACAGGAACUUCAAGAUAAGGGCGAACUGGAAAGUUUGCCCGAUAAAACUGUAGAAGAAGUGUCUGUCACGCUCGAUUCGCAGGAGCAGUUGGUGUACGAAAAAGUGUUAAUUUAUUCUCGAACGUUGUUCGCUCAAUUCUUGUCACAGAGAGCGGAAAAAGAUCAUAUGAGGGAUUUAGCUACCGGCAUAUACGAUCAACCAACUUUCCUCUCGAAUCCAAACAAGAAUACUCGAUUCACAAAGGCGCAGAAUAAAUUAUUGUCGUUGCACGCUGACGUUAAAGCGUACGAAAUUUUGGGUCUCUUAUUGAGAUUGCGUCAAGUUUGCGUCCAUCCUUCUCUUAUCCACUCGAUGCUGGAUCAAGAAGACAUGAUGGCGAGUGGAAUAAUGGAUACGGCAAAUAUGGAUCCGAACAUAUUGUCAGAAAUAAACAAUAUAUCAUUGCAAGAGUCUAACGAUGUAGAUGAUAAGGAAAUCGGUGUUGACCGCAGAGUAGCUACUACCGAUUUACUUACGUCCAAGAAUCCAGUCUUUAAAGUUGAUCGUGUAAGUUCCAAGAUGAAAGCAGUAGUUUGCAAGGUCGAAGAAAUUUUGAAGAAUAACGAUAAAUUAAUAAUCGUUUCGCAAUGGACAUCGACGCUGAACAUUAUGGCGAAGUAUUUGUCUUCGAUGAAAGGUGCUACGUUUUGUAUGUUCACGGGCAGCGUGGCCAUCAAGGAUCGACAGGGUGUAAUGGAUUCGUUUAACUUUCCGGACAGAGACCCAAAAAUAUUAUUACUUUCGCUUACUGCCGGGGGUGUUGGAUUAAACUUGGUAGGUGCAAAUCACUUAUUGUUAAUGGACAUUCAUUGGAAUCCGCAAUUGGAAGUGCAGGCACAAGAUAGGAUAUAUCGUUUCGGGCAAAACAAAGAUGUUUUUAUAUACAAGUUUAUUUGUAAGGACACGAUAGAAGAGCGUAUCAAACUGUUACAAGAGAAAAAAAUAAGCAUAGCGCAAAAUGUUCUGAGCGGCGACAAGAGCUCGGUCGCUUCGAAACUUUCGUUCGAUGAUAUGAAAUCUCUAUUUGCUCUCUAAAUAACAGAG